GAGCGUGCCCGGUCGCAGGCCUGCGGAUUGGGCAGGGCUUCCCUCCUGAGCACCGCUCUGCAGAAUCUUGGUGGCUAGGGCGUCCAGGAGCCUCUGCAGCGGACCGCCAGCCUGAGAGGCGCAGAGCUUGUCGGGCAGAGGCCCGCUUGUCCCACUCCCCUGAUUCGCAGAUGUCAACGGAGGCCCAGCGAAGGGGUCUCACUCUGUCACCUGGGCUGGAGUGCAGUGGUACAAUCACAGCUCACUGCAGCCUUGACCUCCCCGGCUCAAGCAAUCCUCCCACCUCAGCCUCCUGAGUGUUUCAGAUCAUCAAAAUAAUGAAGGGAAUUAUUUGAUAGCACAUACUGAUGGCUCUAAAGAAGUCAUCACCCUCACUGGAUUCUGGUGAUAGUGACUCUGAGGAGUUGCCAACAUUUGCCUUUCUGAAGAAGGAACCAUCUUCAACAAAGAGGAGACAGCCUGAAACGGAAGAGAAGAUUGUAGUGGUUGACAUCUCAGAUUCUGAAGCCUCCUGUCCUCCAACACCAGGGUUACUUUCACCACCUGUCCCAGACACAGCUGAAACUGUCACACAAACACAGCCAGUCAGGUUGCUAAGCAGUGGAAGUGAAGAUGAAGAAGAAUUUAUUCCUCUGGCUCAAAGGCUCACAUGUAAGUUUCUGACCCACAAGCAACUGAGCCCUGAGGACUCUAGCUCCCCAAUUAAAAGUGUUUCGGAUCAUCAAAAUAAUGAAGGUGCAUCAUGUGACUGGAAAAAGCAGCCCUUUCCAAAGAUCCCUGAAGUUCCCCUCCAUGAUACCCCAGAGAGGAGUGCAGCAGAUAACAAGGACCUGAUGUUAAAUCCAUGCCGUCAGCUUCCAGCCUACCUGUCUACCUGCCCUGGCCAGAGCAGCAGCUUGGCAGUAACCAAAACAAAUUCUGACAUCCUCCCACCCCAGAAGAAAACCAAGCGGGGUCAGAAGGUCCAGGGAAGAGGCUCACAGGGAUGCCAGCAGCAGAGACAAGCAAGGCAGAAGGAAAGCACCCUGAGAAGACAGGAAAGAAAGAAUGCAGCACUGGUUACCAGGAUGAAAGCCCAGAGGCCAGAGGAAUGCUUAAAACACAUCACUGUGGUGCUGGAUCCAGUGCUUUUACAGAUGGAAGGUGGGGGCCAGCUUCUAGGAGCACUGCAGUCCAUGGAGUGCCGCUGUGUGAUUGAGGCGCAGGCCGUGCCUUGCAGUGUCACUUGGAGGAGAAGGGCUGGGCCCUCUGAGGACGGAGAGGACUGGGUGGAGGAGCCAACAGUACUGGUGUUGCUCCGGGCAGAGGCAUUUGUGUCCAUGAUCGACAACAGAAAGCAGGGAAGCCUGGACAGCACUAUGAAAGGGAAGGAAAUGCUUCAGGGCUUUGUAACUGACAUCACAGCAAGGACAGCAGGGAAAGCUCUGUCACUGGUGAUUGUGGAUCAGGAGAAAUGCUUCAGCCUGGAGCUGCUGUUCUUUGAUUUCCUCCCCUGCACCAGUGCUCAGAAUCCUCCAAGAAGAGGGAAACAGGGAGCAAAUAAACAGACCAAGGAGAAGCGGCAGAGACGACCAGAGGCCAGCAUAGGGUCCAUGAUAUCCAGGGUAGACGCUGAAGAGGCAUUGGUGGAUCUGCAGCUACACACAGAAGCCCAGGCUCAAAUUAUGCAGAGCUGGAAAGAGGUGGCCGACUUCACAUGCGCAUUCACAAAGGCUGUGGCUGAGGCGCCCUUCAAGAAGCUCCGAGAUGAAACUACCUUCUCCUUCUGUGUGGAGAGUGACUGGGCUGGAGGGGUGAAGGUAGACCGUGCUGGCAGGGGACUCGCACUAGUCUGGAGGAGACAGAUUCAGCAGCUGAACCGAGUCAGCCUGGAAAUGGCCAGUGCAGUUGUGAAUGCCUAUCCCUCCCCACAGCUCCUGGUACAGGUAUGCCGCUCCAGGGCUCAGUGGUCCCCCAGAUUUCCAUGGACAACUGUUGAGGGCCCACAAAGGCCUCACAGGUCAGCAGUGCAGGUCCGCUAAGAUCAGUGUUGAUAAUGCUGACCCAGGGAGGGAAGACAGGUUCUCAUGCCCCAAGCCAAGCGCAGCACCCUCCACACUCAUGGAGAAGGGAUCACCAUGGAUGGUACCAUAUUAAGAGGUCAUCUGCCACUUCCAGGCUUAUCGGCAGUGUUUUUCGGAGCAAGAACGCCAGAAUUUGCUUGCAGACAUACAAGUGCGCCGUGGGGAAGGUGUGACAUCCACUUCUCGCCGCGUUGGACCAGAGCUAUCCAGGCGUAUCUACCUUCAGAUGACCACUUUACAGCCACAUCUCUCUUUAGAUAGUGCUGAUUCUAGCCCUCAGGGAUGAGGAUGAAAAGCUGGAAACUUCCACCUCCCCAACCUCAGAGCCCGACUGCAAUGAAGAGACUGGCAGCACCUCCUGGAACACAAGCCUAGGUGAGGCCCAGUCUUUCUUGGGUCUUAUUUGUGAAGGUCUCUCUGCCUGUCAGCUGGGGCAGAGACUGAAAUACUGCCACCUACCCUUUGGCAUUUAAUGUUCCUCUCCUGGCAAAAAUUCACUGCAAUGACAAACCACCCCCACUCCUACCCAGCCAGCCCUCAAAACACAAAGGCACAAAGACAGUCCACUCAGACACUUAUUUAAUAACUGUAGAAAUCCAAAAGAAUUAGCAUCAAAUCUUGAAGUCGUGAGUGAAGCUGCGGGUUGGCUUGACUGGGCUCAGCCACUGAGCUGCCUCAACCGGCCAAGGAACGGGAUUAUGAUGACUCUGCGGACUUCUAUAUUGUCUUCAUCUCAUUGUGUGUAUUAUGUAUUUAGUUUCAAUAAAGCAUUUGUACCAAUGGCUCUGGAGCUUGGAGGAAGACUAAA